UAGGUAUCGAGUCAAACAGCUCAAGGACGGAUUCUUAGAUCAUGGGCACCACAUAGCAUUUACUCUGUACGCAGGAAGCAGGGCACAGACACUGCUGUUGCAUUCCACAUCAGCCUGGGCACCUGUUCCUCCAGACGGCAACAGCACCCUUGCCCCCCAUGGCGAACACAAUGCCCAUCCCUCUACCUCCUCGAACACCUACACCUCCCCCUGACGAGACAUCCUCUCCUCAGAAACCCGCAGCCUGCGAUCCAGAUCCUCCACAUGACCCAACAUCACUGUCACCACACCAGUACGACCCCGAUUACAUGCCCUCAUCCGGAGUCGCAUACUUCUCUCCCACGACCCCUGAAAAACAAAACGCAGGCGGAAAUGGAGCAGGCCCCUUCAACUUCCAGCCAUCAACGCUGGCCAAGUCACCAGUGAUCAAAUCUAACAUCGGCCAGAGACGCGGCCAUAAAUACAAACACAGCAGUGUUUCACACCAGAUCUUCCUCGAACCACCUCCACGGGCGCCUUUAGCACUACCCAAUUCACUUCCGAUUCCUACAUUCGCGGAAUGUCGAGCUAGUAUGACCAAAGAUCAAAAAGUCCGCUUCUACUGGAGUAUAUGCCACAUGGCUAUCGCAGGCUACACGGCAUGGAACUCACAUGGUUCGUCUGCUAUGGAAGCCCUAUCACAUCUGAUAUUCUACGAUUCGUUGGGGGCAUUGCUGUGUGUUUUGGUGGAGGUCCUUUCCAAUUUUGAAGUCUGGGGACGGUCGAGUGUGCGACAUCCAUUCGGUCUGCAGCGCAUGGAAGUCAUUGCUGGAUUCGCCCUAUCUGUCCUGUUGAUUUUCUUUGGCUUUGACCUUAUCUCGCAUAACGUAAAGCACGCCCUGGAAGGCAUUGGGCACGAGCCGCACCAUCCCCACACCCACGAACAAGUUACAGCUGGAACAGUCGACGUGACUGCGAUUCUGGCUUUAGUCGCGACGUUGAUAUCCGCAGUUGGCCUGCAGAACCACGCACGAAUUGGCAAGGCAAUGCGUUUCGCAGCCAUGGAGAACUUGCCAUCUCUUCUCAGCAACCCCUGUCAUUUUCUGACACUCUCCUGUUCGGCAACUGUCCUGCUGCUCCCGCUCCUCGACUUGCAUACUUAUGAAUGGAUGGACAAGGCCCUGUCGCUGAGCAUCGCAUUUUCCAUGCUCUUUCUGGGCUUCCACCUUGGUCGCAAUGUUGGCUCGAUGCUCCUGAUGUCUCUUCCUUCCAAAUCCGCCUCCGCUCUGUCCGAAGUGGUGGCGACCAUUGAAGCGGACCCUUUGGUGCGGGCAGUGGAGCAGGCCAAGUUCUGGCAAGCACAUUAUGGAACAGGAAUGGCGAAUCUGCGGCUGAGAGUCGUUGGCAGCGAAGAGAACCUGGUGAAGCUCAGGGAGCGGAUCACGAGUAUUGUCCGCAACAAGCUGAGCGGCGGGUAUGGUUUGGGUAGUAGUGGGCAGAAAUGGGAGGUAAGCGUUCAAUUCAAGGUCGAUGUGGAAACGGCGAUGAGUGCGAGUCAUAGCCACUUCAUGAGUCCCCAAUCAUGGGUGGGAAUGACCACUUGAACCGGAGAUAGCUGGUUUUGGUAUAUGUACAAUUAUCCCUGAUGACUUUACGACUGUGAUACGCCGAGGCAAAAUAGCCCUCAAUGUCGUGGGACAAUGUAAAUUUACAGAUUUGA